AGCUGCUGGGGCCGGCGGCGAAGGGGAGGCGCCCCGACGGCUUCCCCUAUUCCUUGCCACGCCGCCUCUGCUCCUCCUACUCCUCCUCCUCCUCCGAGGGAGGGAGAGAGGGAGGGAAGGCGCCGAGCCUCCUGUCCUCGCCCCAGGGGAUUGAAAAUGUGCCAACAACAAUGCUAGGAUUACAAUGGGAAGUGUCACACUUCGCUAUUUUUGCUAUGGCUGUCUCUUUACGUCGGUAACCUGGACAGUUCUGCUGUUUGUUUAUUUUAAUUUCAGUGAAGAGGCCCAGUCUUUUAAAAAUGUGCCCAUCAAGGGGCUUGAACCUCAGAAGCCGUUCUCCAAAAGAUUCUAUCCCCAGCUUGUGAAUGGACCAGGACGAAUGCAGGAAUCUAAGCCCAGAUAUGGCAAGAUCAGGAAUCCCUUGGGAAAUGCUGUGCAGGAUCUCCUCAAGAGUGAUACAGAGUUUUCCCCUGAAAUGGGUAUGAUUUUCAAUGAACAGGAUCAGGAAGUGAGAGAUUUGGGCUAUCAGAAGCAUGCUUUUAAUGUGCUCAUCAGUAACCGAUUGGGAUAUCACAGAGAUGUGCCAGAUACGAGGGACAGAAAGUGUAAAGAAAAAAUAUAUCCUCAUGAUCUUCCCUCUGCCAGUGUCAUAAUUUGCUUCUAUAAUGAAGCUUUCUCUGCCUUGCUUCGGACUGUUCAUAGUGUUCUGGAUCGAACGUCAUCUCAUCUUCUCCAUGAAAUUAUUUUGGUGGAUGAUAGAAGUGAAUUAGCUGAUUUAAAAGAAGACUUGGACAUAUAUUUAACAAAAAAUCUUCCAAAUAAAGUGAAACUAGUAAGAAAUGAAAAGCGUGAAGGGCUAAUUCGAGGGAGAAUGGUUGGAGCUUCCCAUGCUACAGGAAAGGUGCUUGUGUUUCUGGACAGCCACUGUGAAGUGAAUGAGAUGUGGUUGCAGCCGUUGCUGACACCCAUCCAGGAAUCCCGCAGGACAGUUGUUUGUCCUGUGAUUGAUAUCAUCAGUGCGGACACGCUGACGUACAGCUCUUCUCCUGUUGUCCGUGGAGGGUUCAACUGGGGCCUUCACUUUAAAUGGGAUCUCGUUCCUAUGUCGGAGUUGGAAGGACCUGAACAAGCCAUUGCCCCCAUCAGGUCUCCCACAAUGGCAGGAGGGUUGUUUGCAAUGGACAGAGAAUAUUUCAAUGCGCUUGGACAGUAUGACAGCGGCAUGGACAUCUGGGGAGGGGAAAAUCUGGAAAUAUCAUUUCGGAUUUGGAUGUGUGGAGGCAAACUUCUCAUCAUCCCUUGCUCCAGAGUAGGGCACAUCUUUCGUAAAAGGCGGCCCUAUGGGUCGCCAGGCGGGCAGGACACCAUGGCACAUAAUUCUCUACGCCUCGCGCAUGUGUGGAUGGAUGAAUACAAGGAACAGUAUUUUGCCUUACGUCCAGAGCUGCGAACAAGGAACUAUGGGAAUAUUACUCACCGUGUGGAAUUAAGAAAAAAAUUGAACUGCAAAACAUUUAAAUGGUAUUUAGACAAUGUGUAUCCAGAGAUGCAAAUCUCUGGGCCCAAUGCCAAGGUACAGCCUCCGGUCUUUUUCAAUAAAGGACAGAAAAGGCCAAAAAUACUGCAACAAGGAAGGUUGCAUCACCUUCACACUAAUAAAUGUCUGGCAGCGCAAAGCCACCCGAGUCAAAAAGGAGGACUUGUGGUGGUCAGAGAAUGUGACUACAGUAAUAAAAAUCAGGUAUGGAUAUAUAACGAGGAUCAUGAAUUAAUCUUAAAUAAUCUCUUGUGUUUGGAUGUAUCUGAAACACGCACGUCUGAUCCGCCACGCCUUAUGAAAUGCCAUGGUUCAGGAGGCUCUCAGCAGUGGCUACUUGGAAAAAACAACCGGCUGUAUCAAGUAUCUGUUGGGCAGUGCAUGAAGAUGGUUGAUCCUCUUAAUCUCAAAGGCUACGUCACCAUGGCCAUAUGCGAUGGCUCCUCCCUUCAGCAGUGGCGCUUGGAGAAUUGAGUACUGCCUCAAGGAAUGCCCACUUGUGCAGGGACUCUUAGCUUAGUGCAUUAUUUCCUAAGGCUGGCAAUCCUUGCUGCUAUUUCUAUCCCUGAACCCUUAAAGGAAACUAUUUUAAUGAAGGUUAGAAAUCACAAUGCACGGCAAGUGGAGCAGAAGUGGUUGCAUUUCUUGCUCCUUCUUUCUGAAGAGGUAGAAGUGCGAUGACAUUCCUUGGAGUCCAAACAGUAUACGGAAAUAUUUUAAGUCGUAAUUAGGACAAUGUAAUUUAAUUAGUGGAUGCGUCUAAUGAAGCCGGCCUAAAUGGUCUAUCAGAAACCUACCAUGUUUUGCCAGUAUUUCUUGCAGAAGUAUUACUUUUCUCAUUUGAAUUUAUGGUUGGAAUUCUGGAGAAAAUUAUGUUUUAACUCUUUUGUAAAUAAUUUUAUUAAUUUUAACCUAAUUAAAUGUCGAUCUGUCAUGUCCUAUAAUAUUUGAACCAGUUCAGAAUGCCAUUUUGAUGAUUCCGAAGACCAAGUAGCACUGGCUUGCUUCAAUGCUGCCCCCAGUGCUGCACCUCCCCCCCCCCACCACCACCAAGGCUCCCUUGUGUGCCAGGAAGCCCAUAUAGGGUGGCUGUGGGAUUUGCAGCAUCAAAACAGGCUGGACUUUGAUUCUCAGAAUUCCUCACCUGGCAUGUUGCCUGGGAAUUCUGGGAGUUGAAAUGCAGAUAUCUUAAAUUUAAGAUUGAGAAAUUCUACAUGAGAGGAUGAUUGACAAAUGAGGGGCAAAGGGCAGGUGGCAUAACUUUUCUUGUUCUUCCAAGGCAAUUUGGAAUGCCACAGUACAAAACAGCAUUUUAAAAAAGUUUACAGGUAAUAUAUGAUAACAUAAUAGAGACUGCCCAUUACUGUUGCAUGUUGUAACAGUUGUAAAAUGAUUUUACAAGAUUUUGCAACAAUUGUUAAGCAAACCAAAGCUUCUCUAUGGACACAUUUUUGCUGAAAAUUGGAUGUAAAUGUCAGUUUUUUGGGAAAACCAUCAUAAAACAUGGUCAAUGAUUGUGGGAUGCUGCAGAUGGCCAUAAGUGGAGCUAUUUUGAAAAGUGCCCAAAUUUUGGUGAGAUGACUGUGGAGGAACUCCAUCAUCAGAAUUUUGAAUCCAGGUCAUAAAUCUUUUGGAUCAGUUGGAACUUCAGAUGGUUGCUAAGUGAUGAUCGUAAAUUGUGGACUUACCUGUACAUUGCUUGAUUUUUUACCAUACUCAGUUCUACCCCAUUUGUUUGUGAAAAGGUAAAGAAAAAAAACAGAUCAUUUUACAUUUUACAAGUUAUUGAUACACAUAAAUAUUUGUGAGAAGCUUGAAUUUGAUAUUAGAUCAACCUGGUCCUUUCAUUGGGAAACCUGGUCCUUAAUUUAUGCAGUGCAGGUUUAAGGCCCACAUUAAGGAUUAUGAAUGAGACUAGCUUCUAGUUAAGGUUUUAAUAUUCCUUUUUAAAAUCAGGCAGCACAUAAAAAGUAUGUCUAGAAAAAUGUUUUAUGAUUUAUCUUUGCAAUAUCAUGGAGAGAAAACAAAUAUCCAUUUUUAUGUAUUUUGUAUUGCAUUUUUUAUUAUUAACACUAGGUAUUAUUGACACUUAUAUUAGCAACUGUCCCUUUGGUCUCUAGUGUACAUUAAAUGCUUGGUUACCUUA